AUGGUCCACUAUAACCCGCACACCAAAGAGCCCUAUCUCCAACUCCCAGCACCAUGUGCAAACAUCAUCAUCACACCACACCGGGAACACCAGAUUGAGGAGACAUCUACCGUGAUGACCGAGCUUCUUAAUGAUUCACGCAUAUAUUCCUGGCUACAGGGGCCACCCUACCCGUUUCUGCAUGAGCACGGCGUGAACUGGGUCAAGAUGAAAAUAGCAGAGUACAAAGAUAUCUUGUCUACUCUGCAAAAGGAAUUCGAAGACUCAGAGAGCCAAUUGCAGGGUCAUAGUCCAAACGACCAAAAGCAGGCAGAGUUCUUCGAUAAAUGCCCUUUCGUUUGCAUACGUGAAGUAACAAAAAGAGAUCCCACGACAGGCACUCCGCUUCAAGAUGUCAUGAUCGGAGACUUCACACUAGGGCGAUAUUCUUUCUAUGAGUUCCGACCCGACAGCUGGGAACUUGCGCUAGUGCAGAAGCAUAAUAACGAUUUGCCUGCGGGGCACGAGGAUAUCAUCUGGGGGUUAGGAUACUACCUUUCUCCCGCUCAACACAGCCGAGGACUUAUGAGUGCUGCUGUUCAAACUAUCCUUCAGGACUGGGCUAUCCCUAGGAUGAAUCUUCAUCGUCUCAAAGGUAGCUUUUAUGUCGGGAACAUAGGGAGCAUGAGAGUCUUUGAGAAAAACAAUUUUGUGGAGGCUGGUGUAUUCAAGGACUGGGCUCCAGCAAGCCCAAACAAGGGACAAGGGAAGAAGUCGAUUGCUGUGAUGGAGUGGAAGGGACUUUUAUAG